AUGACAUCGCCCCCACUGCUCCUGCUGUUCUUCUCCCUGGCUUUCACCAGUGUCUGUGUCAACCUGGGGCAGCCAUUCCCAGAGGGAGGUGAGAAUGAGGACAAGAGUCACCUAGACGACAUUGUCCAAAGGGCGGAAAGUAUCAUCUUGAGGUCUAUCUUCAAGAAGGUAGAAGAUGACAAUGAGGAUUCCAACAAAGAGCCAGGUGGUUCUCAGCUGGACUGGAUCUCCAAAAGGCAGCAUCCAGGGAAGAGAUCUUUAAAUGAUCUAGAGAAGAGACAGCAUCCUGGGAAAAGAGAGGAAGAUGACCAAUUUGAUCACUACUCAGAACAGCAGAAGAGGCAACAUCCAGGCAGAAGGUCCCUUUGGGAACAAUACCUUGACAUCCCUAGCAGUCAGCUAGCAUCUCUGAAUGAAUUAUCUAAAAGGCAACAUCCUGGCAAGAGGUAUCUGGGUUACAGCAAACGGCAACAUCCUGGCAAGCGAAGUUGGGAUGAUGAGAUAGAUGAGGGUGAGCAGAUCUUGGAGAAGCGACAGCAUCCAGGCAAGAGGCUCCUGGCAUCAGAGAGUCCAGACUACAGUGUUCCCUGUGACCCUCAGGAUUCCUUCGAAUGCAGCAAAAGCAGCUUGCUUUUGGAGUUGCUAGAUAAUGUGAGCAAAGAUGAGAAGCAGCAACAUCCUGGGAGAAGGUCUUCAUUGGAUGAGGAGGUGGAGGCCGAGGAGUGA